UCCACCCACAGAACUGUCAAAAGGUGAAAAUUUUGCUCGCAUCGCACAACGAAGUACAGAGUGCUCCGGUGAAAAAAGUUUCAAACAAUGUAAAACGGAACCGACCGCCAGUGAAAUUAGCACGAAAUGGCCACGCAGAAGCCAGGCGAGUGGGCCAACUCACUGUUGGCCCGUUUCGAGGAGCAGCUACCAUACCGCACCGGUCCCCAUGGAACCCAAGCACGAUUGAGUAUCGAUCAAACGAUGACCUGUCUAAUUCAGAUUUCCCGUUACCGGUUCUCCCUGGUUAUAUCCGGCCUGACCAAGAUGCUACAACGUGUGAACGAAAUCUUUAUUAUCCUGCAGUUUCAGCCGCCGGCCUGCCGUGGACAUGAACCGGAACGGUGCUGCUACGAUUCAUUGAUCAUCAUUCUGGAAACGUUGGAGCGGUGUUUGUCGGGCCAGUCGAAAGAUACGGCCCGGUUUGAGGAGGCAAUGAAUGUGAAGCUGCUACUUAGAGAAAUUUGUCAGUUUAUCGAUGGUCAAAAUGAAAACAGUCAAAAUAAUGCAUCUCUCAAAGCACUUGCAUCGAAGGUUUUGUAUGCUUUGUCGCAGAAUCAUUUUGGUGCCGUGUUCAAUCGAAUCUCUGCCAGAUUGCAAGAAUUAAGCACUUGUUCCGAGGAAAAUCCUGAUUACAGUGACAUCGAGCUGAUACAGCACAUUGAUCUGGACGUGAACCGACUUGCCAAAUUACUCACAGAAACAAUUCAAAAAUUCAAAUCACUAAAAAAGUCAGCUCAUUUCAUACUGCUUAACUCGUUGGAAAGAGCUCUUUGGAAUUGGAUUGAGUUUCAUCCGAAGGAAUUUGAAGAUCUGCAAAGAAAUCCCAAUGAAGAACUAUCCAAAGGCUGUGAAACUUUUUUCGACAUACUGGAUUCUUAUGCUGAGAACAAAAAAGCACGAUCCGCGGUGUGGCCAUUGCAAAUUAUGCUGCUUGUUUUGAGCCCUAAAGUUCUGGAAGAAAUCGUUAAUGCAGACUCCGGAGCCCCAUGCUCUCCGAGACACAUUAAAAAGAAGCAUUUCAUGGAGGGCAUCAAGAAGGGUUUGGGAGCACAUGCUUCAUCGAAACAGUCCACCGAGUCGGCAGCUAUAGCGUGUGUUAAGCUCUGCAAAGCAUCGACGUACAUAAAUAUCAACGAUUCAAACAAUGUCACCUUCCAGUUGGUACAGAGUGUCAUCAAUGAUCUGAAAGCGUUGCUGUUCAAUCCGGCGAAACCGUUUUCGCGAGGCCAAGGGUUCAACUUUCAGGAUAUUGAUCUGAUGAUCGACUGCUGGGUGUCAUGCUUCCGCAUAAAACCGCACAACAACGAAGCGCUCAAAGUUUGCCUUAGCCUCAACUCACCUCCUGCGUAUCACUUUGUGAUUGUGAGCUCAUUGUUAAAAAUCGUAACGCAGGCAAGGCUCCCGUGGUGGCCCCAGAUUGAUUUAGUCUACGCUAGAUCUGGAGAAUUGCGAGCUUUGUUCACCGACACGUUGAACAAAGCCACUCAAGGUUACAUCGCGCAUACUCCGCUUAGAAUGAUCACUUCUUUGACGCUUAAAUCCAAAGACGCACAAAGUCGACUGACACGUCCUGAUGAAGGACCAGCCCAUAAAGCUUUACUAUUGCUGAUGGUUCGCCUUAUUCACGCAGAUCCGAUGCUAUUGCUGAAUAGCCUGGGAAAAGCCGGCCAUGAAGUUCAAAGUUCAACCCUGGAACUAAUCAACGGACUCGUCUCGCUCGUGCAUCAGCCAACCAUGCCAGAUGUGGCCCAAGAAGCAAUGGAAGCCUUACUAGCGUUGCACUCUCCAGACAAAAUCGAAGUCUGGAACCCUGAAGCCCCUAUCAACACAUUCUGGGAUGUUAGUUCUCAAGUUCUGUUUUCUAUCUCUCAGAAACUGAUUCAGCAUCAAAUCGCAAACUACACCGACGUGUUGAAAUGGCUACGAGAGAUCCUCAUCUGUCGCAACACUUUCCUACAGCGCCACAAGGACUACGCAAACGUUGGCAGUCAAAUCGCCAUCUGUCGACAGGCUCACAUCAAACUGGAGGUUGUGUUCUUCAUGUAUCUCUGGUCUGUGGAUUUGGAUGCCGUGAUGGUCUCACUUUCCUGCUUCGGACUUCUCUGUGAAGAGGCGGAAAUACGUUCUGGAUCAGAUGAGCUUACCGUGGGUUUCAUACUUCCAAACUAUCAUCUGUACCAAGAUUUAUCGCACACUUCCAGCACGUUGACGACGCAGAAUGUCGAAUCUCGAUACAACUUCUACGAGCACACUCAGGGUAGGGCUGCUCUUCAAAAGAACAUCAUGUCUCUGCUAAGAAAGAUCGAACAUUGCGUCAAUGGUGUUCAGCCGGCAUGGGAAGAAACGUUUCGAAAUUGGGAAGUCACCUCCAAACUGCUGCAAAACUACCCGAAAGGUAAACCCGAGGAAGGUCAAGCAGAAGUAUUUCAUCGAAGUAUGGGAAAACGACGAGCAAGCCAUCAAAGCUCGGAGCACGACUUGGAAGAGCAGAUCACUGAAUGGGGAAACAUGACAUGGUUCCUGUUGGCUCUCGGUGGAGUAUGCCUACAGAAGCCUCGUAACCAACGAUUGACGCAGUGCCAAAUGUUACCCAUUGGAGUAAGUGGGCCCUCGUUGAUGCAAUCGACCACGUCAUUGUCCAGCUCGAGCUCCGGGCGGGGAUCAAUGCAUCCCAUAAUGGGAUCUUUGGUAUCGUCAAUGGGCGGUGGCAGCCAAGACGUCCAAUACUGCCCGGUUACUCAAUUCAUAGGGCAAUUGUUACGGCUGUUGGUAUGCAACAACGAAAAAUUCGGACCUCAAAUCCAGAAGCAUGUAAAGGAGCUGGUUGGACAAGAAAUGUCUGCCCAGUUGUAUCCGAUACUGUUCGAUCAGAUUCGUGCGAUUGUGGAGAAAUUUUUUGAUCAGCAAGGUCAGGUAGUGGUGACGGAUAUCAACACGCAGUUUAUAGAACACACAAUCUAUAUAAUGAAGUCUGUGCUUGAUGGACGACAGAGCAAAGAUCAGAACGAUCAACCAGCGAAUGCUGAACAUCUGGGAGUGACGAGCAUUGAAAAUCUGAUGUUGGCCAUUGUUCGAUAUGUACGCCACUUGGACAUGACUGUCCAUGCGAUUCAUAUUAAAACCAAACUCUGUCAGCUAGUUGAAGUCAUGAUGAAACGACGAGACGAUCUUGCUUUCCGCCAGGAAAUGAAAUUUCGCAACAAGUUGGUGGAAUAUUUGACCGAUUGGGUGAUGGGCACAUCCCAUCAAAUUGCUCCGCCCAGCUCGGGAGAUGUGACGAUCAUAACUCGGGAUUUAGACCAAGCUUGUAUGGAAGCUGUAGCCGCAUUACUACGGGGACUUCCUUUGCAACCGGAAGAGUCCGAUCGAGGAGAUCUGAUGGACGCCAAGAGUGCUCUGUUCCUGAAGUACUUCACACUCUUCAUGAAUCUCCUGAACGACUGCGUUGAUGGAUCCGAGGCAGACAAGGAUACCAAUAACCCACCUCUACUUCCGCCUCGGCCCCGAGUUGCUGCUGGAAAGUUAACCGCCCUUCGUAAUGCGACCAUUCAAGCCAUGUCGAAUCUACUUAGUGCCAACAUUGAUUCCGGAUUGAUGCACUCCAUAGAUCUGGGCUACAACCCGGAUCUGCAAACGAGAGCAGCCUUCAUGGAGGUCUUAACCCAAAUUCUUCAGCAAGGCACGGAGUUCGACACGCUUGCCGAGUCCGUAAUGGCCGAUCGAUUCGAGCAGUUGGUUCAACUGGUCACGAUGAUCAGUGACAAAGGAGAACUACCCAUUGCAAUGGCCCUCGCCUCGGUUGUUACCACGUCGCAAAUGGAUGAACUUGCACGCGUUCUGGUAACACUUUUCGACGCGAAGCAUUUGCUGUCGCCAUUAUUGUGGAACAUGUUUUACCGGGAAGUCGAAGUAUCGGACUGUAUGCAGACUCUUUUUCGAGGCAAUUCACUUGGCAGCAAAAUAAUGGCGUUCUGCUUUAAGAUUUACGGUGCAAGUUAUCUUCAGGGAUUGCUCGAACCACUCAUUCGACCUCUCCUGGACGAACCAGUCGCCAGCUUUGAAGUGGAUCCUGCACGUUUGGAAGCCAGCGAAGAUAUCGAAGUCAAUCGCAAAAGUUUGAUCGCCCUCACCCAGAAGGUUUUUGACUCAAUCGUCAACAGUGCUGACCGUUUUCCGCCUCAACUCCGAUCGAUGUGCCAUUGUUUGUAUCAGGUGCUGAGCAAACGCUUCCCAAAUCUGCUUCAGAAUAAUAUCGGAGCUGUCGGAACGGUCAUAUUCCUACGAUUUAUCAAUCCGGCGAUUGUAUCUCCCCAGGAACUAGGAAUUGUGGGCAAACAGGUUCCCACUCAGAUCAAACGUGGAUUGAUGCUGAUGUCAAAGAUAUUGCAAAACAUCGCAAACCAUGUGGAAUUUUCCAAAGAGCAACAUAUGCUGUGCUUCAACGAUUUCCUAAGGUCGCACUUCGAAACAGGACGACGAUUUUUCAUUCAAAUUGCAUCGGAUUGUGAAACCGUCGAUCAGACAUCACACAGCAUGAGCUUCAUCUCGGAUGCCAAUGUUCUGGCUUUGCACCGGUUGUUGUGGUCGCAUCAGGAACGAAUUGGUGAUUAUUUGUCCAGUAGCCGUGAUCAUAAAGCGGUCGGUAGACGUCCGUUUGACAAAAUGGCCACGCUGUUGGCAUAUUUGGGUCCUCCGGAGCACAAACCAGUGGACUCUCAUCUGUUGUUUUCCAGUUAUGCUCGCUGGAGCUCCAUCGAUAUGUCAUCAACGAACUUCGAGGAGAUUAUGGUGAAGCAUCAAAUGCACGAGAAGGAAGAGUUCAAGACAUUGAAAUCGAUGAACAUUUUCUAUCAAGCCGGAACGAGUAAGGCGGGGAAUCCUGUGUUUUAUUACAUUGCUCGGCGCUACAAGAUCGGCGAAACCAAUGGAGACCUGCUGAUGUAUCACGUCAUAUUGACUCUGAAACCUUUCUGCCAUUCGCCGUUCGAAGUGGUCAUCGAUUUCACGCAUACCUGUUCUGAUAAUCGAUUCCGCACGGAGUAUCUUCAAAAAUGGUUUUACGUUCUACCGGAAGUUGCUUGUGAAAACCUGCAUGCGGCGUACAUCUACAAUUGCAACUCUUGGGUACGGGAAUACACCAAAUUUCACGAUCGCAUUCUUGCCCCUCUGAAAGGAUGUCGAAAGUUGAUUUUCUUGGACUCCCCUGCCAAACUGAACGACGUCAUCGACCCAGAACAACAAAAGCUCCCGGGUGCGACUCUAUCGCUUGACGAGGAUCUCAAAGUUUUCAACAACGCUCUCAAACUAAGCCAUAAAGAUACCAAAGUAGCUAUUAAGGUGGGCCCAACUGCUUUACAAAUAACAUCGGCCGAAAAGACCAAAGUGUUGGCGCAUUCGGUUCUGCUGAAUGACGUAUAUUACGCAUCAGAAAUCGAAGAAGUUUGCUUGGUCGACGAUAACCAGUUCACACUGUCGAUCGCAAACGAAAGCUCCCAGCUGAGCUUCAUCCACAACGACUGCGACAACAUCGUUCAGGCGAUCAUUCACAUCCGUAAUCGAUGGGAGCUGAGUCAACCGGAUUCGGUGACCGUACACCAGAAGAUUCGCCCGAAAGAUGUCCCGGGAACGUUGCUGAACAUGGCAUUGCUCAAUCUUGGAUCGUCGGAUCCGAACCUCCGUACGGCAGCUUACAAUCAACUUUGUGCACUGACAGCUACAUUUGAUCUCAAAAUCGAAGGUCAGUUACUAGAGACCCAAGGUCUGUGUAUUCCUUCGAACAAUACCAUCUUCAUCAAGUCCGUUAGCGAAACGUUGGCUACGAAUGAACCGCAUUUAACGCUUGAAUUUUUGGAAGAGUGCAUUCAAGGCUUCCAACGGAGUACGAUCGAGCUGAAGCAUUUGUGCUUGGAAUACAUGACCCCCUGGUUGGCCAAUUUGGUGAGGUUUUGUAAACCGUCAGACGAAGGAAAGCGUCAGAAGCAGGUGGCGCUGAUUUUGGAAAAAUUGAUCAACCUCACCAUCGAGCAGAAGGAAAUGUAUCCUUCGAUUCAGGCCAAAAUAUGGGGAUCGAUAGGACAGAUUCCGGAGUUAAUCGAUAUGGUGCUGGAUAACUUCAUACACAAGUCGGUGAGCUCCGGACUCGGAUCGCCACAGGUGGAGAUUAUGGCCGAUACGGCCGUAGCUCUAGCAUCAGCCAACGUUCAGUUAGUCGCAAAGAAGGUUAUUGGUCGAUUGUGCCGAGUCAUGGACAAAACUUGCCAUUCGCCGACGCAGUAUCUGGAACAGCACAUGAUGUGGGAUGAUAUUGCUAUUCUGGCUCGCUACCUGCUUAUGUUGUCCUUCAAUAAUUGCCUGGACGUCGUACGUCAUCUGCCAUAUCUGUUUCACACAGUGACCUUCCUGGUUUGCACCGGUUCGCUGUCGAUGCGCGCAUCGACUCACGGUCUAGUCAUCAACAUCAUACACUCACUUUGUACCUGUACCAAACCGUCCUUCUCGGAGGAAACUCAACGCGUCCUGCGGCUAUCGUUGGACGAAUUCUCCCUGCCAAAGUUUUAUCUGCUGUUCGGCAUCAGCAAAGUCAAAUCCGCAGCCGUAACAGCCUUCCGUUCGUCCUGUCGUCAUCCAAAUGAUCGCUGGUUAGGCAACGAGCGUGUUUCCCAAGCCCCGCCUGCCGAUCGAGAACGGCUAGCUCUACCUUCGCUGGAGGUCAUCACCGAUGCGCUUCUGGAAAUAAUGGAAGCUUGCAUGCGUGACAUUCCGGACUGCGAUUGGCUACAAACGUGGACAUCGCUGGCGAAGAGUUUCGCCUUCUGCUACAAUCCAGCGCUACAACCACGUGCUCUAAUCGUUUUCGGUUGCAUCUCGAAGAGUAUUACCGAUCAAGACGUGAAGCAACUGCUACGAAUACUGGUGAAAGCUCUGGAAUCAUUCAACGAUAUUAUCCUACUUGAAUCUCUAGUCAUGUGUUUGACACGCUUGCAACCGCUAUUAAGACCAGAAUCGCCGAUUCAUCGAGCGCUGUUUUGGGUGGCCGUGAGUGUUCUACAGCUGGACGAGUCCACUCUUUACGCAGCGGGUCUAGCGCUGCUGGAGCAAAAUCUACACACGCUCAACUCGCAGCAACUUUUCGACAAACAGAACAUUGCCGAUGUCAUGAUGGCCACUCGGGAACCACUGGAGUGGCACUUCAAGCAGCUGGAUCACGCCGUUGGACUGUCGUUCAAAUCGAACUUCCACUUUGCACUGGUGGGCCAUCUGCUGAAAGGGUUCCGACAUCCAACUCCAACGACGGUGUCACGAACAUCGCGUGUGCUCACCAUGCUGCUUGGUAUCGUGGCUAAACCACAUCGGCGCGAUAAGUUCGAGGUUACACCGGAUAGUGUGGCGUAUUUAACAGCACUGAUCUGCUUUUCGGAGGAAGUUCGCUCCAGGUGUCACGUGAAGCAUACCCUUCCGCGCUGGCCAGCGGAUUCUGGGGGAGUCGGUGAUGGCAGCGGAGUGGGAGAUCCGUCGGCAGCGCACGCAGCCGGUGGCAGUCAGUCGGGUUCCGGUGGACAAAACGUUCGGCGCCAGAAAUCCUGGGACAUGCUGGACCAGUCGGCCAUCCAGUAUGCUCGCCAAUCGCACAAGGUGCAACCUCAUCAGGACCCGGCUAUCAGAGGAAAAUCCUGGCGAAGUCUUGACUAUUCCCAUAAUCCGCACCUGGGGAUGAUCAGUCAUUCCUCGUUUGUAUCACAUGCUUGUACUAAUAUCAAUACGACUACUACCACACUGUCCGCGUACAACACCACCAGUAUCACAAAUAACAACAUCAACAACACGAUAAAUGCAGGCAGUACCACAAACAAUAGUAACCAAGUCUGUGGUGGCGCCUACCAUCGGAGCGACUUCCGCAAUCGACGCUCCUCAUCGGAACCAGUUAGUCAGGUUCUGACCAAUCCAAACAUUGCCAAACUGUUGGCUCUCAAGCAAGCACACAUUUAUUCAGGUACCAGUAUCUCCUCUGCCCCUCCUUCUGCUGCCAUUGGCACAAACUGUAACACUGGUUUCGCGAUGAACAUUGCUACUAGUAGUACUCCUACAACUGCUGCUGCCACAACUACCACUAUUACAUCUACUUCGACUAACUUGAACAACAGUGUCACUUCUAUCACCUCCAAUCUAACCACGACUUGUACUAGCACUACAACUACGAACAGUUCGCUGACGAUCAGUACGGCGCACAGCAGCGCUAGUGGCGCCACUAACAGCACUAGUCCGGCACAAUCGAUCGAAGACGUAGAGAAUGACGAUGAAGCCAACAACUUCAUCGUUGACUGCUUGCAAGACAUGUCAGCGAUCAAAUGUUCAAAGACUGCUCGUCUGCUGUUCAAGACGCAACGAUCGUUUUCCGUUCCGACACCGAAGGAACGCCAGGAGAAAUCCGCCGGAAUAACCGAACGCCAGAAGGAACGUGGAUCGCGAUCUUCGGUUUCUAACGAGUCGAAUGUACUGCUUGAUCCGGAAGUUUUGCCGGACUCUUCGACGCAAGCCCUGGUCCUAACGGUGCUGGCAACACUGGUGAAGUACGCCACUGACGAAGCUGAACUGCGCGUUUUGUAUCAGUAUCUAGCCGAGGGAUCAGUCGUAUUCCCCAAGGUGUUUCCGGUGAUUCAUUCCUUGCUGGAUCAAAAAGUGAACAACGUGCUCUCGGUAUCAAACGAUCAGAUCGUGCUGGCAUCAGUUCAAAGCAUCAUCCAGAAUAUGCUGGCAACCGAAGAUGCAUCCCAGCAGCCUCUUCAUUUCUUGCAGAGUUGUGGCUUUGGAGGCUUAUGGCGAUUCGCAGGGCCGUUCACGAAGUACAACAUGAUGGUCGAAUCGUCGGAGCUGUUCGUCAACUGUUUGGAGGCGAUGGUCGAAACAUGUCUACCGGUGGAAGAGAACACACCGAUGCCCCCGUCGCCGAGACCGUACAAUCUUAGCUCCAGCCUGAGCAGCCUGACACUGGGGUCCCCGACGGACAAAGCCUUCUCGUCAGAAUCCCUAGAUCACGACGGCUUUAGCGGCAGUGUUAGUUCACUGCGCAGAGCUUCCUGCAGCAAAGUACGUAGUACAAAACAUCGAUUUGUUGACAGUCCUACACAUAAUAUUUGAAGAUAAAUUGAGCUACAUGUACAAUUGUUGAGUAAUCAUAUGACUAUAUUAUCAAAAAAAGAAAAAGAGUAGCUAUUUAUUGCAAACAUAAAGGCAUACAGACACCCAUACACAUAAUAUCAUGUACAAACACUGUGAUUCCAGCGUGAUACGUAUUAAACUUCUCAUAAACUUAUAACAGUCCCAUGUAAAUAGGAAAUCAAGCAAUCAUGCGACUGUUAUGAAUGUAUGGGCAGUACAGUGCCAACCGUCAAAACGCAUAUAGGAAAAAUGGAAUCAUGAUACAGGAAUCACAAUGGAAUCAGAUGUAUGUCCAAAGUAUAAACUUCAAUUGUAUAUAAUACGACUCGAGUAUUAUACCUUGGACAGACAUUUGAUUCCACUGCGGUCCCUGUACCAUGAUACCAUUUUUCCUCUAUGCGUUUUGACAGUUGGCACUGUACACGAACCACACUGGAAUAACAUUGUGUGUCCUUAGUAUAACAUGUUCUGAUCUAGUAAAUGUCAUUUUGCUGUUUUUAAUCAACGCACAAAUCAAAUGGUCUAUACAUUUCUAAGAAAAUUAAAAUAAACUGAUUGCAGUAUUGAGGUGCAUUUUAAAUCGGCAAUUGAAAGUGAAGUCGUGUUUUAAAAAACUAAAAAUUUUAGAAUACAUUUUUUUUUUCAUUUCAAUCAGUUUUUAUCAAUCUUUACAUAUUUUACGGGUUUCGUCAACAUUAGCCUUAAUUUUUUUUUCCUUCUGUCAUCUGACAAUUAAAAUCUAUAUUAACACAUUUUAAAUCUAACUUUACAUUUAAUUGCCAACAGUGUUAUCCCAGGCAAAGAGAUAUAGCACUUCGAGAUUUAUCAUCUUUCAUAUUUUAACGAAUUCAUUGUGACUUUCUUUAGGUGAUAAAGCGAUCUAAUGUUAUAUCUGUAUGUCUGUGAUGUUAUUGUUUAAAUACAAGCUCUAUCAUGGAAUAAGGAUCAAAUUCAUAAAAAUCUCUUCGUCGACUUGGGGUUGACAGCUACGCAUGCCUCAUAACCUCAUAACUUUCAUUCGCCCUUAUAUCCAAUGUAGCUUGAAUUGCAGUAUGUUACAUAUUAGGUAACACUCAAAAGCCGAUUUCAAAGAAUAAAGUGCUAUAUUUUUUAGUAUUAUCAAGCACCACAGGCGCACACUAUCGAAGUAUAGUAUAAACAUUAACGAAUCAGUUUGUAGGCAUUUGAUUUUUAUUUUUAGUUAGUUUAUUAUUAGUUCAAUUAGUGUAUUUAUAGACCAGAUUCAGUACUUCUACGGCAGCUCGACAGUUUUCUGGAAACUAACUUUGUACAAUCAUUAUCAUGAGUUCAGAAGGUAUGCUUAUUGCAACAAAACUAUUCACACAAAAGUCGGAGGAAAACCCCCUAUACAGUCUAUGAACUUAUGAUUACCUACAACAUACAAUAGAUACCUACAUACUGACACACGACUAGAAACAAAGAAUAGAUUAAGUUAUUUAAUGAUACAGAUAUGAAGGCUCGCAAACUUUAAUAAAUAUUUUUCUGUCUA